AUGACUGUGACACCAGAUGCCUCCCCGUCCGCCCCCGAGCAGCGAUACCUCUUCGACAUCUCCAGCCUGCCCGAGGCUGAGGAGGUGACAGGCGCGGAGCUGCGGGUCCUGCGUUCCCUCCCGGAAAACCUCAGCCUGGCCCUGUCCCCUGAAGGCACCUUCCACCACCUCCUCCUCUCCACCUGCCCCAGCCCGGACGGUGAGGAGCCCCGGCUGCUGGACUCCAGAGCUGCAGACCUUCUAGACUCGGGUUCCUCCAGAUGGGAGGUGUUUGAUGUCUGGGAAGCCCUGCGGGAUGGGAAGGAGAGGUCUCCCUCGGGCAAACUGCUGUGCUUCCUGCUCAGGAUCGUCUCGGAUCAGUCCGGGAGGCUCCUGCCCCCAAGACAGCUGGGCUUCAGCAAACCCCGACCCCAGCCCCACGAGAGAGCCUUGCUCGUGGCCUUCUCCCGCACCCAGAGGAAGGAGAACCUCUUCAAGGAGAUCCGGGAUAAGAUCAAGGCUCUGGGUAGCCCUCCCUUCCUGGAACCCCCCGAUCCCGGCCAGGAGGGUUACACCAAGAGGAGGAAGAGGAGGACCACGGUGGCCGCCCGGUCUGGGGGCAGGGGCCACGGGAAGAAGGCCAAGACCCGCUGCAGCAGGAAACCCUUGCACGUGAACUUCAAGGAGCUGGGCUGGGACGACUGGAUCAUCGCCCCCCUGGAUUACGAGGCCUAUCACUGCGAGGGGGUCUGCGACUUCCCCCUCCGCUCCCACCUGGAGCCCACCAACCACGCCAUCAUCCAGACCCUGAUGAACUCCAUGGACCCGGAGUCCACCCCCCCGAGCUGCUGCGUGCCCUCCAAGCUCAGCCCCACCAGCAUCCCACCUCCCCACCCAGCCCUGCCCCGUUUUAUAUAG